UUCAAAUUGUUUACAAAAUGGCUGCGCCCAAGAAAAAAGUUGUAACAAAAGACGAUUUGAGAAGGUUUAUGAAAGAAAAACAGUCGCACGUUAAAGCAUCUUCUAAAGUUGAUCACCCAUUAGCAAAAUACAACAGUCUUAACCAGUUAAUUUGUGUGCUUUGUAGUAAUGUUAUUAAAAAUGAUUUACUUUGGCAAGCACACAUACUGAGCAAGCAACACAAAGAGAAAGUUUUAGCACUAAAGACACAAGGGCCAGCCAAACCGGAGCAUUUGUUGCCGCCAUCUGCCAAAAGAAAAGGGGAUGAACCAGAAGAGCCUGAUAGUAAAAAAGUUAAAACAGGUUUGAAGCCACCAGAGACUGAUCAAGAGGAUGUGAAAGAAAGAGCAAGAGCAGCAUUUUUGGCUGGUUAUUCAUCAUCAUCUGAAGAUGAUGAUGAUGAUGAGGAACAGGAAGAAAAAGAUGACUUGGAUACCAACAGUAACAAAACAACGACACAACAAACACCAGCCAAAACAGUCACAGCAUCCUCUUCUGAAAAUGGCCUUCCUGCUGACUUCUUUGAUUCUGAAGUGGAACCAACAGAAGCAGAGGCAGCCCACAGUAAAACAAUGUCAGAAAUCCUCCCAGAAGGAUUUUUUGAUGACCCAAAGUUGGAUGCAAAAGUUAGAAAUGUUGAGUACAAAGAUAAAGAUGAAGCAGAGUGGGAGUUGUUUCAAAAAGCCAUUAAGGAAGAAGCUCAUGUGUCUGAAGUUAUUAUAGAAGAAGAAGAUGAACAAGUGAAUAUUGUCAGAAAAAUUGAUGAGAUAGAUGACCAAAUUUUGCGGUGGCAAGAAGUUGAAAACUUGCAUGUGAAAAAAGAAAUAAUACUAAAAAGUUCCAAGAAUGAUGGAGCAAAGAAAACAGAUAGUGAUGAUGAGGUUGAUGAAGAUGAGUUGGACCAAAUUCUGGACUGGAGGGUGAAAAGUCAUUGAUCACAUGUUACAUGGUGUCACUGCUAGCUUUGGUUUUAUCUUCUCUCUCAAAGUCAACUUACCAUCAAUACUAGAUCUAGAAUAACUAAAAAUAUUACUAUUGAUCAGUAAAUAGUAUGGUUGUAAGCUGUUUAAUAAUGCAGUAAGUGUAAGCUUGGCUUAUUUCUUUCAAUGACCGACUGAACUAGGUGCACUUGGUCCUCACAGAGUAUAAUAUUAAGUGGACAAAUUUAUCAAUGUAAAGUGUAAGUUGAUGGUUAAGUUUGCACACUAAUUGUCACUUUACAUGGUUAUGUUUGGCUAUGUAUUGUACAAAAAUGUGUGUUUCUAAUUAUUUGUAUAUGGUUAUGUACAGUUUAUGUAUUACAUGCCUGUUAUUAAAUUUGGCAAUUUUAUGAAUGAAUCUAGUUUGCAAGAAGGUUGAAAGUCUCAAGUUUCUUGUAUACAUUUGUACUAAAUAAACUUGCAAUAAUUAUUUUUUUUAAGUAAUAAUAAGUUAUGCUAUUAAAAGAUGUAAACAAU